AUGGCUUUACAUAAGUUUCCAAAAUCAAAAUCAUUUGAUGUUGAUUAUUGUGGUUGUACAGCAGCGACGUUACUUUUAAAUGAAUCAUCAAUACGAGAUGCAAUUAAUUUUAUUCGACAAAUGAAAUCUAAACAAGAAUUUAUCAAAACAAGAUUAUCUGUAGCGAAAGAUGGUGUUAAAAUUAUUUAUGAUGAUGAACAAAACUAUUCUACAUAUGUACCAGCACAUAUGAUUGCUGGUUCGAUUAAUGGAAAAUCUUCUUUAAAUGAUACUAUUGGUGUUGUCUAUAUAUCACCACUAACUGGUCGUCAUUAUCCAGCAUUUGUACAUGUAUAUCGAUGUGAUUCAUCACGUGCUGCUCAUAAAUUAUUAAUUCGUCUUCGUGCUUAUAUAAUUACCGAAAGUCGUCGUUCAGAAAUUCAACAACUUGAACAGAAAUUAGUUCUUCAUAAAUUACUUAAUUCUGAUCAUAAUAAUAUUUCAAAAAAACAAUCACAAUCACCAAAUACAACAACUUUAGAAUCAAAUAAAACAAAUACAGGUAUUUCAUCUUCAUCAACAAGUAGUAAUAGUCGAUUAGAUAAAAUUGAUCCAGUUAAAUCAAUUACAGAAGAAUUACAAAAGAAAAUUGAUUCUCAAGAACCACUAUUAUUUCCGCCAAAAGAUUAUGAUACAGUACAUGCUGGUCAUGGAAAUAUUCAACGAGCUCAAGCAUGGAAAAGUAGAGAGCCAACAAUUAUCGGUUAUACACCAAUUGAUCCUGAUAAUCAUCGAACACGACAUCAAAUAUCUACAAAUCAUCUCUCAUCAGUUAAUAAAUCUAAUACAGAUGAAUCAAGAAAAUCAAACUCAAGUCAUGAUAUUCUUGGAAAUAAUGGUAGACCACGUUUUUCAACACAGAGAAGUGAUACAACUAUUGAUGCGGUCGAAGCUGUUAGUUUAGCUUUUGACUUUCUUAAAGAUGAAACAGGUUCAAUAACAACUGAUAAUGAAGGUAAUAUAGAACCUAUUGAAACAGAACAACAAGACAAACCACCAAUUUUUCGUUUUCGACCACCACAAAUUACAGCUAUUACUAAAAAAAUUUUUACUCGUAACAAUAAUUAUGAAUUACAAAAUGACUUACCUCAUCAGAAUUUAUCACCGAAAAAUGAUUUAGAUAAUUAUUAUAAUAAUACUCAUUAUCAUCAACAUCCACAAAUGCCAAAUGGACAUCGAACUCGUUCCGAAACAAAUCUACGUUACGAUCCAAAACCUAGAAUGCAUCUCAGUCCUCGUUAUGAAAAUCGUCUUGUUAAUAGAAGUGGUGCACCUAUUUCAACAAAUCCACUUUGGACAUCUACAUCACCAGUAAUGAUCGGUUCACAACCAAAUUUAUUAACACGUCAUAGUCCAAUACUUCAAGUACCUGUUCAUCGAAAUCUAAGUCCACCAAUAGAACGAAGAAUGACUUCAGCAGCACCGUUACAACAUCCUCUUUAUGUUAUCAAUUCUAAUCAUAAAUCAUCAGCAAAUAUACAUCAGCAGGAAAAUCAACAAAAACGACCUGGACAACUACCAACACCAUCGAAUUCAAAUAAAAAACAAUCAACACAAUUACAAACUCUCGAUACAAAUGAGUUUAUUUUACGUGCUUCCAAUGGAGUAUUGUUAAAAAAUUCACAAUAUUCAAAUCGAUCUACACCAGGUAUAUCACGAGAUUAUAGAACUCAUUCGAUCGAUGUAAUUAGCAAUAGUAAUACUAUGCUUGAUGUAUAUUAUUGA